GUUACUGUUUUGAACCUUCUUUACUCUGCUGUUGUGUUACGCAGCACUCUCGGGGAUGAUAUUUUCCUGCUGUUGUCUCAUUUUUUCCUUCCACAGCGUGACCUGCCCUGUGCAGCAUUUGACAUUCUUUGGCGCUACUCCUCCACCCGAAAAGUUGACCUGCUUUCCAUCGCCACAUAUUCGUCUGCUGAAUGUUCUGAUUUCAACCACCCUAUGCGAUGUUGUGCCAAUUUUGUCAAAACCUCGUUUUUUCACCUGCAGGGAAGCUCAACCUCCCAGGUGUCGAGUGGUCAGAGCUCUUUCGAUAUGAAAUUGAUCCUCUUGCAAUCCUAGUGAGUUUGCAUCAACCUUCUCAGAAAGCACUGGAAAUCUCGGCUAGUCGUGGAUGUCGAUUGUGUGCCCUUUUCUGGUUUCGACUGUUCCAGACGACGGAAUAUACUCCUGCGCAUCCUGACAAUGAUGACGGCAACACACAAGUUCUCAUUAUCGUAAAAGGCAAUAGUUCCUGGAACAUGGACGAAGACCUUGAUUUUCGCGAUAGGAUGUUUGGCUAUCUACGUAUCUACUGUGGGGAGAGAAGAUGUUGGCUUGAGAUGGACAGGCCUAUCCCUGAUGAUGUGAGUGCCGCUCUAGAUCGUUCCUGCGUCCUCUCGCCAGAUCACGAAGGCGGAAGCAGUCCGAUCGGUUCAGCAGCGGACAAUCACACAGGGUCUAAUCUCAACAUGGAUUUGAUAAAGACAUGGCUACGGAAAUGUCUGGAAAAGCACCACUAUUGUAGGAUGGAGGCUGCACCACAGGCAUUGCCUUUACUCCCUACCAGAGUUGUUGACGUCGAAGCGCCGGGUCAGCCUUGUCUGGUAGAAACUACUGGGAUUCGAGCCGACUACUUAACACUGAGUUAUUGCUGGGGCGAAGGAAGCAAGCUGCUUUGCAAAAAGGGGUCCGGAUCGUAUGAACAAUUCAAAAAAGAGUUGCCACUCGAUAACUCGAUGCCUAAAACCUUCAAGGACGCUUUGCAAGUUACCAGGAUGCUUGGAUAUCGUUAUCUAUGGAUUGACGCAAUAUGCAUCAUUCAGGACGAUCCAGAAGACCUACGAAACGAAAUGGCUGUAAUGGGGGACAUCUAUCGACAGUCGGCGGUGACCAUCUUCGCAGCGAACGGUCCAAACACUGACUCAGGUCUCUUCUCUAAACGCGACGCUCGAACAAGUAAAGCCUGCAACGUUCCAAUAACGCUGAAAAGAGAUAGCAAGCUUCUACAUGGCGACAUAUCCAUAAAGAUGGGAAAAGAUACAUCUUACGACUUUUUGAAUUCAAGAGGAUGGAUCCUUCAAGAGGAGGUGUUAUCUGGACGUUUAAUCGCUUUUGGACCCAGUAUGGUCGAUUGGCGUUGUAUGGAAACUCACACGUGUGAAGGUGGUACGACACUCAAUAUAUCAAACUCAAUUGACAUUAGUCAUAAUGACAAAGAGAUGCUGUUCGAGAUGCCAAACGACUUGAUGCGAUCGAUAGUGCGGCGUCCAGACCUCUUCGACAAAUCGUUGCCUUCCUCAGAUGGCUUUCGACACACCCAUUUUGAUACCUGGUAUGAGAUGGUUCGCGCCUACAGCCGUAGAGAACUGAGUGUUCAUUCCGAUAAACUACUUGCAAUUGCAGGCUUGGCGAGGCUCAUGCAAAAGAAUUAUGAUCUUACAUAUGCUGCCGGAUUGUGGAAGGAAGACCUGCAAGUUGGCCUCUGCUGGUGGGUGAACACUGGAACUCAUUCGAGCGAAGUGGGGUCCACCGACGAAGAAUCUCUUGAGUACCUUGCGCCAACUUGGUCCUGGGCUUCGGUGCCUGGCAGGAGUAUUUCCUUCACCGCCGCUCGUAGAGAAUGUCUCCCAGAAAGAGGAAUACAGGUUCUUGGUUUGGAAGUCUCACAUCUUCCGGGAGCUCUUGCUGCUUUCGGUUGUAUUACGUUCGCCAAACUAACUGUCCGCACAAGAAUGCGAAGGGCAAUGUUGGUACCGCAUUCAGCAAAUUUAUGGUUUAAUAUCCCGGGUGGAACUACAAGCGACGAUUUUCAUUGGGGCGUUUAUGCUUUUGACCCACUGACAAAGUCCUUCGUCGGACACGUAUAUCUCGAUUCGAUGGAACUAUACGAGGACGUGUCAAGACAACAUCAAGAUCCCCAGAUGGGCAAAACUUGCUCUCUGGCAGUAGAAGAUACCGCUGGUCAGGCUUCUCGUACCCAUCAGUCUUUUUCUAGUGGAUUUGGAGCUUGGUGCGUGCCUUGCCUUGUGGAGACGUGGGAUGAAGUACAUCGCGAGAUGUCAGCUCUUAUCCUGACUGAAAGCAAUGCCGCUAGACACGAGUAUCGCAGAAUUGGCUUUAUGAAAGUCAAGAACCUGGAUUUCUUCCCGGACGACAAUUUUUACAAUACAUUCGUUGUUGAUGAGAAUCUACGACAAGAUUUUGAGAUAAUUCACAUAGUUUGA